UGGAAUUACACUGUUGCUCCUGCUCUACUCAUGUCCUAAUGUGAACAAUAUAUAUAUUUUUUUUUUCGUCGCAUUCAUUUAUUUCCGCUUUUUUACUCCUUUGGUUUUGUUCUCUUACGCGUGUGAGAAAUAUUUCCAAAAGUUUAUUUUUCAAACGGAUUUGAAAAUAAAUUUUUUAAGUAAUGGAUGAUCAGGAGUUUCGUGACUUUGCCAAAGCCAUGGUCGAUUAUAUUGCUGAUUAUAAUGAAAAUUUGAGAGAGAGAAAUGUAUUACCAAAUGUUGAGCCAGGGUAUUUGAGUCAAAUGAUUCCAAAUGAAGCUCCAGGUAAAGCAGAAUCCUGGCAGGAUGUUCUCAAGGAUGUUGAACGUGUCAUUAUGCCUGGUAUUACACAUUGGAAUUCACCGCGAUUUCACGCUUAUUAUCCAACAGCAAAUUCAUAUCCUGGAAUUGUUGGAGAAAUGUUGAGCGCAGGUAUUGGUUGUAUUGGAUUUUCUUGGAUUUCAUCGCCGGCUUGUACGGAACUUGAAGUUGUUACAAUGAAUUGGCUAGGAAAAUUAUUAGGUUUACCUGAGGAAUAUUUAAAUUGUAGCGAAGGCCCGGGGGGCGGUGUUAUUCAGGGAUCUGCGAGUGAAGCUACUUUAGUCGGAUUAUUUGCUGCUAGAGAGAGAACCGUAAGACGUGUUAAAAGUUUGCAUCCAGAGUGGGAUGAGGGAACUAUAAGAUCCAAGUUGGUGGCAUACACAUCCGAUCAGUCGAAUUCUUCGGUAGAAAAGAGUGGUCUUUUGGGUGCAAUGCCAAUGAGGUUGUUAUCAACAGAUGAUAAGUGUAGUUUACGUGGAUCCACUUUAUUGGAUGCUAUCAAGAACGAUAUGAAUGCUGGUCUAAUUCCUUGUUAUGUUGUCGCUACCUUAGGAACAACAGGCACUUGUGCUUUUGAUAAUCUCAAUGAAAUUGGUCCAAUUUGCAAUGAAAAUCAUUUAUGGUUACAUAUUGACGCCGCCUACGCUGGUGCAGCCUUCAUAUGUCCAGAAUAUCGAUAUUUGAUGUCAGGUGUUCAAUAUGCAGAUUCUUUUAAUUUCAAUCCUCACAAAUGGAUGCUGGUUAAUUUUGAUUGUUCAGCCAUGUGGGUGAAAAAUUCAAAUUGUCUAAUUGAUGCCUUUAAUGUAGAUAGAAUUUAUUUGGCUCAUGAUAAACAAGGAUUGGCACCAGAUUAUAGGCAUUGGCAAAUUCCACUUGGUCGACGUUUUCGAGCUUUGAAACUUUGGUUUGUGUUGCGAUUAUAUGGUGUUGAGGGUCUUCAAAAACACAUUCGUCAUACAAUAAAAUUGGCUAAAAUUUUUGAAAAUCUUGUCAAAUCAGAUAGUCGAUUUGAAAUUGUUACGGAGGUAUCAAUGGGUCUCAUUUGCUUUAGAAUGAAGGGUGAUAAUAGUUUGACGAGGCAACUUUUGGAUCGAUUGUCGGCAAGGAAGAAAAUUUAUAUUGUCGCUGCAACUUAUCGGGAAAAAUUAAUAGUGAGAUUUGUAGUCUGCAGUCGAUUUAGUAAAGAGGAAGACAUUCACUUUGCCUGGAAUGAAAUUAUCAGCGAGGCCUCGGAAAUUGUACAACAAAAUUUUAAACCUACUUUGAAGAUUUCAAUUUUAGAUGACGAGCCAAUGACCAAAGAAAAUGGGGACAGUGUAACAAAAUUCGAGGGGCUUAAACUUGAUUCUGAAAAAGAGCCGCCAAAGAUUUCAUAGAAAAAAAAAAAAAAAAAAACAAAAAUUCAAGUAUUAUUUCUUUACAAAGACCUCAGUUGAAUAGAUUAAAAAUUCCGAAAUUGUUACACGAUUAUAGUAAUUAAGUUUAUUCUCGACAUUAUUUAAAAAAAAAGCUAUUUGUGAUAAUGCAAAUUUAAGGACAGCAAAACUUUUAUUAUUUUAAUUAUUUAAUAUAUGUA